UUUCGACAAGGAACAAACUAUAAAUGAAUUUAUGUGCGGUAUGCGGAAUGAAUUUGAAAGAUUGCGCAUUAAUUUUAUAAUGGGGAUUUUGUAUAAGUUGUAUAACUAUUGCCGUUAACCGGUUUGGCGGUCAGUAUAAAAGGUAAUUGCACGGGUUUUUUAGUUAUCGAGGACUGGGUAGUGACCACACAAUCGCACGUCAUAUAUAUAGGUAAUGUAAACCAUGGUACUACAUCUGGAUGAAUUUGUUUACCUGAGGAAAAGUGACAAAGAAAGAAAAUAAGAUGCUGACGCUGGACAUUUCUAUCAUGACAUAGAUACAAGGAACAAAAAUAGACUACAGAACAUUUACCAAGGUAACAGACUGAUGUAAAAUGAGGGCAAGAGGGAAGCAGACGGUAUCAAGUAUUUUCUUCAUUGUGGUGUUAGUGGUUGUUUUCUAUACAUUUUACUUUGAUAAACCAACAUUUCUAAAAUCCUCGACCGACAAUUCUAAAGGAAAAACACAAACUUCAUCUGAAAAUGGAUUUUUAACUGCUGAAAACACUGUGGGAAAAGUAAUCACACGAAAUGAAAAAGGAUGGACAGUUGACAAUAAAAUAUGUCAUCAAAAUUACGAUUUUGUACUUGCACAUUUAAAGGACCCUCCUCACACACCUAUUUUUGUAUAUACUACUGAGGAAGAUAAAUGGGUGUCUGGAAGUAUAAUAGCUCAUGGCUCUUGGGAAGGAGGUCAUGUUGGUACAAUUCAUAAUUACAUGAGAAAGUUUCCACAAGCAGUGUUCCUUGAUAUUGGUGCUAAUAUUGGAAUGUUUUCAGUCUCUAUUGCUGCCUAUGGAUAUAGAGUAAUAGCAAUAGAUUGCCUAGAAGGAAAUGUAAUGCGUCUUUGUGCUUCAAUGAAGGCUGCAAAAUUGACCAACAAGAUGACAGUCGUGUAUAAUGCAUUAUCUCACACACAUGAAAAGGUUUCAUUAGGCAAGUACCAUGGCAAUGUAGGAGGAACUUAUAUUAAGCAGGGGAAACAUAGUCAUCAGACAGGAACUGAAUCGGUUAAUUCAAUUUUCCUUGAUGAUCUCUUAGAAAUUUAUUCUUUUGAUCAAGUUGUCAUUAAAAUGGAUGUAGAAACUUUUGAAGCUAAUGUUUUGAAGGGAGGCUACAAAUUUUUUGAACAAGUAAAAGUAGAAGCAUUAUUAAUAGAAUUUGUUGCACAUAGAGAAAAAGAAAGUGGUAAAUUCAUUGCUGAUUUCUUACUAUCUCAUGGCUUGGAGCCAAAUGUAGCAGAUAGCAUUAAAAAUGAUUAUAAAAAAUGGGGCAAUGAAGUUUUAUUUUUACGUAAAAAAAAACUUAUUGUGACUGUUACUAAACCUCUUCCAACAGCUAUUUCCGAAAAUAAAAAUAAAAUUACAAUCACUUCGAAAAAUGAAGCUUUAGGAAAAGUCAUAUCAUACUCAGGAAACCAAUGGACGUCAGAUGAAAAUUUUUGUCCUACUGAUACAAGUAAAUUUGUUGCCACCAAAUUAGGACGCCCAUAUAAUGUACCCAUGUUUGUUUAUACUAUGAAGGAAGAUCAGUGGGUUUCUGGGAGAAUAAUUCAAGGUGGAAUUUGGGAAGAGGAUCUUGUCAAUAAAGUUUUAGUACAAAUGAACAACUUUCCAAAUGCUGUCUUCAUAGAUAUAGGAUCCAACAUAGGAGUAUUUUCAUUGGCAGUAGCAAGUAAAGGGAGAAAUGUCAUCAGCAUAGAUUGUUUAAAAGGAAACGUUGAAAGGUUUUGUAAUUCAAUUAAAUCUGCUGGUUUUGAUAAGCAUAUGACAAUCGUUUAUAAUGCCCUUUCCAAUGAAAGGAAGAAUUUUUCUCUAGGAACGUACGAAGGCAAUGUAGGAGGAACCUAUAUAAAGGAACCAGCCAGUGGAGAUAGCCUUAUUAGCAGCAUUUUACUCGAUGACUUAGUAACAUUUUUUGAACUACAAGAGGUAGUUGUUAAGAUGGACGUUGAAACACAUGAAGCAAAUGUUUUACAUGGUGCUAAAAAGUUUUUUGACUCUGUAAAAGUACAUUAUUUUUUGUUAGAAUUCGUGGCUCACAAGGGAAAACAUAGUGGGAGUUUUAUCAGUAAUUUUUUUGACUCCUAUGGAAUGGAACCAAUACUACCGUCCACAUCACAGUAUGCAGACACAUCCACAUGGCCAAAUGAAGUGGCUUGGAGGAGGAAAAAAGAAGACAGUACCAGGAAUAAGGAACAUUCAACAGUCAGAGACAUUGAAAAACGAAACAUUCCACAAACUCAAAAUAGAUUUUCACAUUCCAAUCAAAUUACAUCUGACCAAGAAACAUUAGGGAAAGUGAUAUCACGAUCAUCAUAUGUGCAACAAUGGAAUGAAGCUAAUAUUUCUUGCCAAGCAAAAUCUAAUUUUGUGCGAGCAAGUUUGAACCGUGAUCCCAACACACCAAUAUAUGUAUACACUCCAGAAGAAGAUAAAUGGGUUUCUGGUAGUAUUAUUAGGAAUGGCAAUUGGGAAGGUGACCUUGUUCAGAAAAUUGCAUUUAUUUUCAACGAAUUUCCCGAUGCAACAUUUCUUGAUAUUGGAGCAAAUGUAGGAAUGUUUUCGCUGUCAUUAGCAAAACGUGGUAAAAGAGUGAUUGCAUUUGAUUGUUUGAAAGGCAAUGUUGAAAGGUUGUGUGCAUCAAUGAAAGCUAAUGCUGGUUUUGAAAACCGAAUGACAAUUGUUUAUAAUGCAUUAUCAAACCAACGAGAAAAAGUAACAUUAGGUACUUAUAAUGGCAAUAUAGGUGGUACUUUUGUUAAAAAGAUACAAUCCAAUACAGGAAACGUAGGUAAUACAGUUGAUUCCAUUUUAUUAGAUGAUAUAUUAGACAUAUUUAAAUUUGAUAAUAAGGUCAUUAUAAAAAUGGAUGUUGAGACAUUUGAAGCUAAAAUAUUAGAAGGAGCUGAGAAAUUUUUCAGUACUGUUGAAGUUGAAGCUUUAUUGUUAGAAUUCGUAUCUCACAGAGGAAAUAAAUCUGGUACCUACAUUUUACAGUUUCUAGAAAAGCACAACCUUUUCCCUGUAUUAGGCCCUGGAAUGGAUAGAUAUGACACUAAUACAUGGAAAAAGGGUGAGGUCAUGUUCAGAAGAAAAAGCAGUUAGACGGAAAACCCCAGUUUUAUUAGUAUUUUAUACUCACUACAAGCAAGAGAAGUAGUCUAGUCUUUUAUACACAGAGUAUUUUAUUGAAAAAAAGAUUUUUUAAUCUUAGGGUUGGAUAAAUAUGAAAUUUAACUGACAAUAUAAAAUAACAAACAUUGUGAUAUAUGGUGAUCUAGUACAAAAUGUAGUACUUUCAUCAAUACGUUUGUAUAUGAUUUGUUUUAAUCCAGAUAUAAUUGAAUCUUUAAGCUUGUCAUACAUUGUAGUUAUUAGAUAUUUUGCUGAAAGUGGAUGCAAUCUUAAGAAAUUGUUAAUCCCAUGCACCAAAGUAGCAAAAGUGAUAUGGUAACACAUUGUACAAUAGUUACGCAAGAGAAAAGAAUGAUGUUUUCCCAAUCAUUAUAAUGAAAAUAAGAAUAUUUGGUUUAAAGGACAAGUAAUUUUGUUGAAAUACUUGAUUUGGUAUGAAAUUGUGCCAAAGAUUCUUCAGAGAUUUUAGAAAUGAUUACAGCUUUACAAGUUUUGGGUAAAACAAUAUUUACAAAAUCAGUCUUCUUUAUGUGGGUUGAAGAGCUUAGUUUACAAACAGCAUUAAUUACGUAACCUGUUCACUUCGUCAGAUUUGUGCAUAGAUAAUCAGUAUUAAAUGUUGUCUUUUUUUAUUUUUGUAAUUUUUACAGAAUUACAGUCUGUUAAGCAUUCAAUGUUUAUGAAAUUCCACAAACAUUAUAUAUAGCUCAUAAUUUGUUCACUCAGCAGCAGUUUUCACACUAAAAUCUGUUUGAACAUUCAUCAAAUGUGUGAUUAUAUUUUCUCAAUUUUGUCAGGUUUUUUGAAAGUGAUAUUUUUGCUUAUAAAGUACAUACUAUUAUUAUUGAUAGAGAGUAUUCAGGAUAUAUGAUAAAUUUCACCUUUUAUAUCUGAAUGAAACCCAUUUUAUCUAUUGUAUUAAAUUUAUCAAUGUUUAUAAUUAAUAUGAAUGGCAAGUCUUAUUUUAGUUUUUUCCAAACAUUGCAAAAUAUGUUCAUAUUAUGCAAUUCUCCAUAAAUCACUUACCCAUUGUAAAACUCACGAAAGCUUGAUAAACACAGCAGAUACACAUGUAACACUUGUAAAUUACAAGUAUGAUUCAUAAUUCUGAAUGAGAGGGGUAAACUCCAGAUUCAUUUUAUAUUUAUGAAGAUCUAACUGGCAUUUAGCAUGUUUAUAUAACUAUAUGAGCCAGUCCAAGGGAAAAGGUACAUGAAGUGUUUUUGAUAAACUUCACAGGACACGUUGUUAAAGUUAGUUAAAAUAAUUUUUGAAAAACGAUUUUAUCCAUAAAAAUUGGUAUACAUGUAAACAUUCAUAAAAUUGUAAAUUCUGUCCCAAAUUUUCAGUUAAAACAGAAAAAGAUGUAGAAAUAUCUGAAUUAUUGUACUUAGGCAAGAAUAAAAUCAUUUGUUACCUGGAACAAUGCUAAACUGAGCCGAAAUUAACGAGAUAACCUAAAACAUUAUUCUUUUGAAUAAAGAAGACUUUUUGAAAGAAAAAUUGAUUAACUCCCAUGGAAACUUCCAAAAAAUGUAUUGUAAUUUCACAUAUAUUUUACUGAAUAUAAGAUAUUUCAAUUCAAAUGAUGUCUGAUUCUUAUGAAUAUAGAAGACUUUUUGAAAGACAAAUUGUAUGAAAGCUUAGUUUGGACAUUUUUAUAGCAAUUCAAAAUUACUAUCUACUAGUAUCACCUUUAGCAUGACAAUAACAAUAAAAUUUCUAUACAAACGGUUAAAUUAAUUUUUCAUAAAAACAUUGAAGUGGAAUAAAAGUCUUAUAGGAUUGUAAGUAUGCUUUAUUUCAUCACCUUGCACUUUCACGACUUGAUUGUGGCUUUCUUCAGCAGUUUGUUCAAAUUUCUGACCAGUUGAACAGUUUGGUUUUAUAAAACACAUUGCAAUUUGGUCAGAAUUUUGAAUAAGUUGCAAUAGGUGGAGAGCAACACUUACAGUCAAGUCAUCGUAAAUUUGUAUUACAUUAAAGGAGCUUUUUUUCUUAUUCCAAACAGUACCUAUUGUAAAAAUAUUUGAAUAAGCUCUUGCCUUUUUGUGCUGAGGCUGUGUAAAGUAAACACCAAUUAGUCAAUCAAUCAGUCUUUGUAUACAGUUAGCAUAAUUAUUAUUUGCUGCAAGUCAUUUUGAAGUGCCAUAAGCCAGUUUGUGUAAAUUUUUUACAAAACAUACAUUUUUUUAUGUUCUUGCCUAACUUAUGCCAUAUAUGACAUUCAGUCAUGUCAAUUUGCUAGUCAUGUUAUGUCACAUUAAUGAAACGGUGUAAAAUCAACUUGCCAUUCUGCAUUCACCAAAUAAGCCUCUUUGAUCCUUUACCUUGUGAUGUUAUAAAACUCAACACCAAUCCAAAUCUGUGGUAAAAUACAAAAACGAAAUUGGGUAUUUGAUGCUUCUCUGCCAAGCAUGCAGCAUUUAAGAGUACGAGUCUUGUCAGAAUAAUGUGAAAGGGUAGGGUAUUGUCUUGCAGACUGUUACCUUGUCAAAUAGCACAUCCAAAAUGUGGCUUAGCAUGUCAGUCUAGUACAAUGCAGGGUUCAUAUUCUUAUCACAUUGAUAUGCUCCCAUCCUAAAUUGCAUUUAAUUUGCCACGGAAAGUUAAACAGCCAACCAUCAACAUCUUCAUCUAUUCAUUUUUUUGUUUGAAUUUAAAAAAAAAAUUGAAAUCCCAUAGAUAAAUUUUAUCUAGUUAGAUGUCCCCCAUAAAUAGAUUUUAUCUAGUGAAAUGUUUCUUGCAUUAAUUUCAUAUUACACAAUCCACUUUAAAUAGAAGCUAAUGUGAUAUUUUUAGAAAGUGAUUCACUUUGUAUAAAGUUAAAAUAUCUUAAUGUUCUUUGAUGUUGCUACUUAAUAGUAGUUUUUAACCGGAUUUUCAAAAGAAAAAUUGGUUAUUGCUUUGGGGAUGUACGGCGAGUGGGUGGGCGGGCGGAUGGGCGGGUGGCUGCCAAACAGUGUCCGUUCAUUACCAUGAAAACGCUUUGACAAAAUUUAUUCAAAUUAAGAUAUGUUGUUUCCUGUGACUAAAUGAAGGUCAAGUUCAAUUUUCACGGUUUUAGCUUUUCUCGUUGUUGAGUUAUAGCCCUUUCCCAAGAGUUUAAUUUUUUAUGAAAUUCUUAUUAAUUACUCCAUUUUGUUCAAAGGGAAAUAACUCAUUUUUUAAAAGACAUUGUAUGAAUGAUAAAUGACAUUUUGGAUUGUUCCUUUUCUUUGGUAAAUUGUUUGAAGAAUUUUGUGGUAGGUUUGUUUGUUAUUCUGUAUAAACUAAUUUUCUGAAUGUUAAAUAUGUAUUUUUUUUUUGAUGAAGUGAACUCCUUUAAUUAGAUAAUAAUCUAUUUUUAUUAAAUGAUAUAUUUCAUUACAUUACAUUGUGUAGAUAAAGUUGUUGACAUUGAUAGAUAAGUUGCAAAUCUAUAUUAGUUUGUGACAAAUGAAAGAAAAAAUAUUUGGAACUAUUAAUUAUAUUUGAUUAUAAUUUGAAAAUAGAUAUACAUUGUUUAACAUCAUAUCUAAUUUAAGAAAAUAGUGGUUAAAUCAUAUCUGAUUUUAGAGAACUAUGUGUUUAUAAUUUAUUCAGUUUGAGUUAUUUCCCUUUGAACAGAAAAUAAUAUGGAUUAAAUUAAACUGUGUUUCAUUUCAACAUAAAUUAAAUAUAUAUAGGGUUCUUUCAAAUGCUGAAUCUAAACCUGUAUUUUUAAAAAUACUAGAUUUUUGGGCCCAGUUUUCAAGUUGGUCCAAAUCAGGGUGCAAAAUUAAACUUUUGUUUGAUUCAACAAAAAUUGAAUUUAUGGGGUUCUUCAAAAUGCUGAAUCUAACCAUGUACUUAGAGAUUUUGGAUUGUGGGCUCCUUUAUCAAAUUGGUCCACAUUGAGGUCCAAAGGGUCCUAAAUUAAACUUUUGUUUGAUUUCAUCAAAAAUUGAAUUCUUGGGGUUCUUUGAUAUGCUGAUUCUAACAAUGUUCUUAGAUUUUGGAUAUUGGACCAUAAUAGGUAAAUGUCUAAUUUCAAAUUUUUCAGUUCUUUGACCACAUUCAUUUUGUGUCACAAACCUAUGCUGUGUCAAAUAUUCAAUCACAAUCCAAAUUCAGAGCUGUUUUAAAUGUAGUGUCCAUACUUGCUCAACUGUUCAGGGUUCGACCUCUGCAGGAAAUCCAGUUUGCUGUCACUCUGACAGCCUCUUGUUGUUCCGUAUUGAAUUGAAUUGUUAUAGUGAAUUGGUCCUUGUUAAUUGUAAUGAUGUUUAUUUAGCAAUUACUUUUAAUAAAAAUUGUAAUUUUGUGAAAAUCUUGAAAAUUAUAUACCUCAUGUGUUAUAUUUUCAUCUUUGUCAUGUUUGUAUUACUGUGAAUUCAUUUAUUUCAUGUGUACCAAUUCUUUUUCAUGGAUUUGGGGGGGGGGGUCUGUGAUUUGAAGUAAUCUUCAUACAUUUUGUCCUACAAGCUUAUCAAUAAUUGGUACUUUGUUGAACACUUAUAUUUAUUGUUCAACUUUACCUACAUACAAAUUCCAUGUAAAUUGCUACCCAAAUAAUAAUAAUGAACCCACAGUACAUUUACCAAAUUUGUACCAUAAAGAAGAAAUUUUAUAACAUAAUUUUUGUAAGUAUUUUUUACUGUUCCAAAUCGAAAUAGCACACCUUUAAAGUUUUACGUCCAAUAUAAUUCAGUUUUUGUAUCAUUAAAUCAAAAGGUAAAAAUGAAUCUGCUUGUAUUUUUUUCGUAUUUAAUGUUAAUGGGUUUUUCUAUGAGAUGCAAUGAUGUUCAUUUAAACAAAAUAAGAUUAAAAUUAAAAUUCUGGAAAAAAACAUGUAUAUAGUCAGUUGGCAUUAAGGUUUACUUAACUUUUUUAAGAUACACUUCUGAUCCCUUAACUUUUGUAGAAUUUUGUUUUGGGGAGUUCAAUGAUUUUCAAUCAAAUAUUGCCACCGUUCAAAGAUUUGCAUGAAUGAACUUAAAGGUGACCAAACAUCAUGAAGAAAAAAUAAUUCAAUUUUAGAAAUUUGCAAUAUUCAAUUAAAUGUCUCCCCGAGGUUGCAUACCAUGUAAAAAUAUUCAUGAACCAAAACAAUUUGAAGGGGGGAGAUAACUUAUUUGAUUCAUCUGAUCAAACUGACCUUGCAAGUGUAGCUCCUUGCAAGUGUUUGUUUUUACUAAAACUUCACACAAGGUAAAGUACAUAUCAUAUGAAGAUGUGCAUGAAGGAAAAUAAUUUUAUAUAUCUACAAGGUCUUUGAGUUGAUUGAAAUUGAAAUUUUAUUUUUUAUUAACCAUAAUAUUGACCCUAUUAGCAGAACUAAACCAUUAAAAGGAUUUAAUAAAACUUCUUUCAAAAGUAUUAACAAAAGGAUUUUUUGAGUGAACAUAGGUGAAACAGCAGAAACCAGAAGACCUGUAGACUUUAAAAACUUUAAAAGAUAUCCAAACUUAUGUAUAUGUUUAAGUAAAGCAUUAUACCACCUAUGAGGCCAUAAAACUUACAGAGACAUGUUUAAGAAUAGCAUAAUACCACCGAUUAGGCCAUAAAAUCAUGGCCACGUAAAACUAUAAUAUCAAAGAAUGGUUUUGGUGUCAUACAUGUUGGCAACCCAUUGCACCCUCAGAAUACUGUAAAUUCAAAAAUUAUUGCGUGCAUUUAUUAUAGCGAUUUUCAUAGAAUAAACAAAUAUGUGAGAUUAAUCAUUGUGGUUUUAGGAAAUCUGCAUACAGAUAUAUGUAUCAGAUAUCAGAAUGCGAGUGCUUAUUAUUAUGAUUCUCAACUAGUCGCAUUAUUCUCAUUAAUAAAAACCUCUUUAUGAUUUCUGAACUUACAGUAAUUUCUUCUUCUUUUGGAAAUAAACUGACAGGAAUAAUCAAAUCAACAUACUUAAGCAUUUCACUUACACCAUGUGGGAUUUAAACUAAUGAUCCUGUACAAUUAAGUAUCUAAAUUGGUGUUAAAAAGGUUAUCCUCCCUGGUUUACCAACAUUUCAUUCAUUUAUAUUCUUAAAUAACUGAAAUAGUUGUUAAAUUGAUUAAUAUUGAGUGAUUUCAAUUACCAAUUUUCAAUGUUUAUUCAUGUACAUCAAAGAUUAUCAUAUAUAUUUAUUUGUAAACGUUUUGUUUAUGUGUUUAUUUUUUAUGUUGUAGUUAUUGUUAUUAGUGAAUUAUUUCUGUAUUUUGGAACCAACAGCAUAUCUUAUUCAACUGAUUUCAGCAUUACUUUAGUAUAUUUGUUAAAUAUGAAUUUUACAAAUUGAUUCAUGAAAGAUAUAAGCAUUACUUUAGUAUAUUUGUUAGUUAUGUAUUUUACAAAUUGAUUCAUGAAAGAUAUAAGCAUUACUUUAGUAUAUUUGUUAAUAAUGUAUUUUUCAAAUUGAUUCAUGAAAGAUAUUAGCUAUCAUAUUAAAGCACAAGCAUUUAUUUAA